AUGGACCUUCAGAUAUGCACAGAGUUAGAUGAUCCACCACAGAUGCUUCCACCUCCACCUGGAACUUUUGUGGAUCGUGACGAACUCAUUCAACAUGUUGGGGACUUUGCUGUAUCACAGGGAUAUGUUGUAACUAUCAAGCAGUCUAAGAGGGAUAGAGUAGUUAUCCUUGGCUGUGACAGAGGAGGUGUUUAUCGUAACAGGCAGAAACAUAUUGAUGAGUCCUCCAGUGAACAUAGCCGCAGGAAAAAAACAGGUUCUCGGCUGACAAAUUGUCCUUUUGAGGCUGUAGGUAAAAAGGAUGAUGGCUUGUGGGUACUUACCAUAAAAAAUGGAACACACAACCAUGAACCCUUGAAGGACAUUUCAGAACAUCCCUCUGCUCGUCGUUUCUCUGAGAGAGAAGUUUUACUAAUUAAAGAGAUGACAGAAUCUGGAUUAAAACCUCGCCAAAUUCUAAAGAGAUUAAGACAAAGCAAUCCGGAUCUUUUAUCAACUCCGAAGCAUGUUUAUAAUGUUAAAGCAAAGCUUCGACAAGGAAAUGUGGCAGUUAGAAACUUCAAGUCUUUGAGCACGCAGAAAUCUUUUGUAAGAAACAAUUACUCUGUGGUUACGGAACCAUCUUGGAGGCAGUGCAACCCCCAGAGAGUUCCCAAUCUCAUAGGAGGCAGAUUUGUUGAUUCACAGUCAUUUACCUCCAUCGAUGUUCUAAACCCUGCAACGCAGGAAGUUGUUUCACAAGUUCCUUUAACAACAAAUGAGGAGUUCAAAGCUGCAGUGUUUUCAGCAAAACGUGCUUUUCCAUUGUGGCGAAAUACUCCUAUUACUACUCGUCAGCGCAUUAUGUUUAAGUUCCAAGAGCUAAUUCGGAGAGACAUUGAUAAGCUUGCUAUGUGCAUUACAAGUGAACAUGGAAAAGCAUUGAAGGAUGCAUACGGUGAUGUGUUACGCGGGCUAGAGGUGGUGGAACAUGCUUGUGGACUGGCAACGCUGCAGAUGGGGGAAUUUGUUUCCAAUGUAACCAAUGGAGUUGAUAGCUAUAGCAUUAGAGAGCCACUCGGUGUUUGUGCUGGGAUUUGCCCUUUUGACUUUCCAGCCAUGAUUCCCUUAUGGAUGUUCCCUAUUGCAGUCACAUGUGGCAAUACAUUUAUUCUAAAGCCAUCAGAGAAGGAUCCAGGGGCUUCUGUGAUGCUUGCAGAAUUAGCAACUGAGGCUGGUUUACCUAAUGGUGUGCUAAAUAUUGUCCAUGGCACUGAUGAUAUUCUCAAUGCAAUUUCUGAUGAUGAUGAUAUUAAAGCUAUCUCAUUUGUUGGACCGAAUGCAGCUGGUGCUUACAUAUAUUCACGAGCAUUGGCUACAGGGAAACGCAUUCAGUCCAAUGUUGGGGCCAAAAAUCGUGCAGUUGUUCUGCCUGACGCAAGCAUGGAUGCUACUUUGAAUGCUCUAGUUGCUGCUGGUUUUGGUGCUGCAGGACAAAAGUGUAUGGCACUCAGUACAGUUGUUUUUGUUGGAGGCAUAAGUCUAUGGGAAGAUAAACUAGUGGAGCGUGCCAAAGCACUUAAGGUUAAUGCUGGAACAGAACCAGAUGUAGACCUUGGUCCAGUGAUUAGCAAGCAGGCGAAGGAACAGAUUUGCAGAUUGAUUCAGACAGCUGUUGAAAGUGGUGCAAAACUGGUGCUUGAUGGUAGAAACAUUGUGGUUCCAGGGUAUGAGCGUGGAAACUUCAUUGGUCCCACCAUCUUAUCUGAUGUUACCGCUGACAUGGAGUGUUAUAAGGAGGAAAUUUUUGGCCCGGUUCUUCUUUGUAUGCAGGCUGACAGCAUCGAAGAGGCUAUAAACAUCGUCAACAAAAAUAAAUAUGGCAAUGGAGCUUCUAUUUUUACGACAUCUGGUGUGGCUGCAAGAAAAUUCCAGACUGAGAUUGAAGUUGGCCAGGUCGGCAUAAAUGUUCCUAUAUCAGUUCCAUAUCCCUUUUCCUUGUUUACUAGCUCCAGGCCAUCUUUUGCUGGUGAUCUUAGUUUUGAUGGCAAAGCUGGACUUCAAUUUUACACCCAGAUCAAGACUGUGACUCAACAAUGGAAGGAUUUACCGGAGUGA